AACCUCGUCUUCAAGAAGAAAGCAGACCUCUGGUUUCAGUUCCACUUUUUCCGAACGACAAAACCAUGGGCGACGAGCAAAACGACGCUGUUUCAUCCGAAUUCAAGCUUGUUGGAUUCGCUAACUUCGUCCGGACAAACCCUAAAUCCGAUAAGUUCAAGGUCAAGCGCUUCGACCAUAUCGAGUUCUGGUGCGGCGACGCUACUAACUCCGCUCGCCGAUUCUCAUGGGGGCUUGGCAUGCCUAUCAUCGCCAAAUCCGAUCUCUCCACCGGAAAUCUCACUCACGCCUCAUACUUAUUGCGAUCGGGCGAUCUUCGAUUCCUCUUCACCGCUCCUUAUUCCCCCACAAUCGCCGCGUCGCAGAACGUAUCCCACACUGCUACUGCCUCUAUCCCCACCUUUGAUCAUGAUGCUUGCCGUGCUUUCUCCAAUACUCACGGCCUCGCUGUUAGGGCUGUUGCGAUAGAGGUGGAAGACGCACGAGUUGCAUUCGAGACCAGUGUGGCCAACGGAGCCAGGCCUUCAUCCUCUCCGAUUGAGCUUGACGGCCGCGUCAUUCUAUCCGAGGUUCAGCUCUACGGCGACGUCGUUUUGCGCUACGUUAGCUACAAAUGUGGAGACCAUCUUUCUUCUGGGGUUUUCUUGCCCGGUUUCGAACCUAUGGAUGAAGCAUCGUCUUAUCCAGUGGAUUACGGGAUCCGGAGGCUUGAUCACGCGGUGGGAAACGUGGCGGAACUGGGUCCGGCGGUGUCGUAUGUUAAAGGAUUCACGGGAUUCCAUGAGUUCGCUGAGUUCACGGCGGAGGAUGUGGGAACGAGCGAGAGCGGGCUGAACUCCAUCGUCCUGGCUAACAAUGAUGAAAUGGUGCUGCUGCCGAUGAACGAGCCAGUUUACGGGACCAAGAGGAAAAGUCAGAUCCAAACUUAUCUGGAGCACAACGAGGGACCAGGGCUGCAGCACUUGGCGCUGGUGAGCGAGGAUAUAUUCAGGACUUUGAGGGAGAUGAGGAAGAGGAGUGCGGUGGGUGGAUUUGAGUUCAUGCCAUCGCCGCCGCCCACCUAUUACAAAAACCUCAAGAAGAGAGUUGGUGAUGUCUUGAGCGACGAGCAGAUCAAGGAGUGUGAGGAGUUGGGAAUAUUGGUUGAUCGGGAUGACCAGGGGACAUUGCUACAGAUCUUCACCAAGCCUGUGGGGGACAGGCCAACCAUAUUUAUAGAGAUAAUACAGAGAAUUGGGUGCAUGCUGAAAGAUGAGGAAGGGAAAUUAUACCAGAAGGGUGGAUGUGGAGGAUUUGGGAAAGGCAACUUUUCCGAGCUCUUCAAGUCCAUUGAGGAAUAUGAGAAGACACUUGGAGCAAAAAGGGUUUCAGAACCCGCCGCAGCAUGAGAAAACCCGGUUCGGUGUUUUCUUCUCCCUUAAAUUGAAUAACGUAUAAACUCUAUAUAUAUUAUGCUAAGAUCACUAUCAAUGACGCCGAGAAGAACUUAGAGUUCAUGGAACUCAUUUCAGAGCAAUGAAGAUAAAUAUAUACUUGUAACUCUGUUGAGCUUGUUGUAAUAUAACCAACUUAAAGAUAAAUAAACUCUGCUACAGUAUUUUAUGUUUCA